GUCAGUUGCUCGCAGGCAGUCUACAACAGAAUGUGAACCAAGAACGUGAAUGCAUUAGCUGAAAGUUUGAACCUGUUUGAAAUAAAAUUCUCCCGUCGACUUUAAACCGGCUCAAAUGGCCAAAACAAAGAUGACGAUGAGGGUGUCGUCCUCCAAGCAGCAGCUGCGACUUUCAACGGAAGUUUUGGAGCGAAUAUUUCUCAAGCUUCCAUUCGUGGAACUGCUCACGGUUCGUGCAGCGUGCAGCGAGUUCCGCAAAAUCGUCGACGAGUGCCUUAAACUUAGGGCGCGAUUUCGGCUUAAAUUUCCGCUGGACAUCAAAACCAUGGAUAAGAACUUCAAUCCUCAGUCGUUGAUUCCGGCGUCCGGUGUGAUUUUUGAGCACUUGAACAUUGUGAAUGUUGGUGCGUGGUGGCCGAGGAUCGCCGGCGAUAUCACCGAGGUGACGAUGAACGUUUGUGACUUUCCACUGGAUAUGCUGCGAUUCGUGCCGAAUCUUGAGGAGCUCAAUCUGGACGGGGUCAAGCUGACGAAGCCCGUGUUCUGCUCAUUUAAGCUGGGUAAAAUUAAGCGUCUUUCGGUGAAACAUGGCAGCGUUGAGAUUCUGGAAUGCUUGGACCAGAUCAUCCCGAAGCCGCUGUUCAAGUUUGAGUUUGCGGUCGAUGUUGAAAUGGGAUAUGAGGAUCAGCAAAAGGUGAUUCAGUUCGUGAGCUUCAGACAGGACACACUGGAAGAAUUGAGCUUGAAACCGGUUGAAGGGAUGCUGGAGAGGAUUUCGCGACUGAAUGAAGCUAAGCUGAAGCGUGUUACGCUCGGGAACUUCCAGAACUCGCCCCGCAGUGGUGAGAUGCACUUGAUCAAGUUUGCACGAGGUCAGUCAACUAUUGAAGAGCUGACCAUUCUGUACGUGGCGAUUAGAUCUAGUACUAUUCGUGAAAUGGGUCGAGGACUUCCGCGGUUGAAACGGUUUGUGCUUCACCUGAACUUGGUAGAUAAAAAUGUCCUGGAAGCUGCCACUAAAUCGAUGCCAAUGCUGGAGUACCUGGAGGUCAAAGGUCCGUUUACGGUGACGGGAUGUGACGGAGAGAGCGAAAACAAGCAUCUGAAAGAGUUGGUUCUCCGAAACUGCGAGGUGUCCGCCGACAACCUGAAAAAGUUCCUCCAGUACACACCGUUCCUGACCAGACUCACGCUGGAAUACGUCAAAUUCGACGAUUGGUCCGAUUUUACCGAGCUCAUGUCCGGCCUGUACUCGCUCGAAUAUCUCCGACUGCACAUUGUGUCCGUGCGGAACCACGACGAUUACGACGCGCAAGAGCAUGUCAACAAGAGCGUGAAAUAUGUGGAGUUGGACGGAAAUGGCAACUUGAGCACCUGGGAGGUGAGCAUGAUGUUUCUGAUGUUUCCCGAGCUGAAGGAGCUGCGAUGUUCGUCGCUGGAGAAGUUGAAUCUGCACGUAAUCGUGAAAGAGUUGGGCAUCAUGGGGAAGACGGUGGAGAAUUUGGUUCUGCGGAACUGUAAGAUAAGUCAGGCUGUGGUUCAGAACAUUGUGGAGUACUGCGCGGAGCUGCAACGACUGGAGAUUGAAGGGGACACCGAACUGACCGGGGUGGAGUUGGGACGCUUCCGGGCGUACAUGAGGGAGGCGGGGAAGGAGCUGGUUGAAACGUAAAAUAAAAUGUUAAAAUUUUGUAAUGGCUAAUAUAAAAAUAAAGUCCAAGUUAAUUUCACUUUAAACCUUA